AUGGCGUCGCUGACAACUGAAUUACUGAAUGGCCUUCGCUCAAGUAUAGAGUUUUUAAUGAACCGUAUAGAUGGAAUAACAUCAGAGGAUGAAGAUGGCAGAGACUAUAUUAGCCUUCACUUGGAAAGAAUUAUUUAUUUACUUAAUGCAGCGGAGGUAUCUUUCAAUAUUCCAUCCCAACUUGUGACAUUACUUAAUAAUGCUCAAGAACUACUUUUAAACAACAAACCUGAGGAAAUUCAAGGAAAGUUAUUUAAAAAGACAUAUUGUCGUGGGCGCCCGGAGGUUAUCAUACCAAAAGAACAGCUAGAACUUUAUAUUGAGUAUAACUUCACCAAUGUUCAAAUUUCGAAAUUUUUUUCUGUAUCACCAAAGACUGUUCAAAGGCAAAUUGACAAAUUCCAGUUAAAGAGAAAUAGCUAUAGUUGUAUGAGUGAUUCAGAUUUGGAUCAACUGAUGUAAGUGAAACAUGAAACGUUUAGGGCAUACAAAGCCAGGGAUACAGGGACUCCUAACAACCCCCUGCCCCCCACGAACAGCCCUGGGCCCCAGCCAAAUUGGGAGCCCCAAAUAAAAUGUAAAGUUAUGACUGUCAACUAGUCAACCUCGUACCCAGGCUUUUACCUUUGCACGCCCUCAAAAUGCAGGAUUUCUCCGUUUCUGGGACCUCAGAGAGAAUACCCCAAACAUUUUCUUAGGAAGAAUAGCCUAAACAUUUUUGCAGGUAGAAAAACGUAAUAUAACUUGGAAAUCUUUGGGCCAGCACAAGCAUUUUGCAAGAAGGUAGAAAUUCUGUUGACGAAUUUACUAAUUAUGCUGACAGGGCCCCUGUUACUCCUUAGCGUGGUAGUAUUAUGUGAUUCACCCAAUCUUAAAUGUUUAUAUGUUUAAGGAUUUUAUAAAAAAAACUAAAUGCCUACAGUCAAAAUGGGUUGUUCCAGAAACGAUUCACACUCCCCCCAUGGAGGAAAUUUCUGCUAUCGGGAGGGGGAAGGGAGACAAAAUUGUUUCUGAUAAUUGUAAAUGUAUUAGGACAUCCGAAGGGGGUAGGGGGGUUAACUUCCAAUUUCCUCCGUGGGGUGGUAUGGAUGUUUUCUGGAAUGACCCAAUACAAGAACUUUCCUGCUUCUGCGGUCGGUUAUGAUUUAAUCUAAUUUGUUCUGCAAAGGAUGCAUUUUUCAUUAAAUUAGGUGCAUAAAAGGAGCAAAGUUUUAAUUUCAUUGCAAUAUAUUCAUAUUAGUAACUGCUAUACAGAAAAAUGGGACAAAUUACAUUACAGUAAUAACCAAGAAACUAUUGAAGUGAGAGUGGGAAGGUUCUUGUAUUUUGACUACAAAUCUCUAAUCAAAUUAGUUAUUACUCAUAGUAUGUAUUUAUAUAUAAGGUUUUUUUGUAAGGUAUAAGUUAGGACUUUAAUUACUUUCACCUUUGAUUUAUUUAGUGCAAGAAUUGUGAGUGAAUUUCCCAACUGUGGUUAUCGACAGAUGCGCGGACACCUAAGAGUUAGAGGCUUUAAUAUUCAGUGGAAUAGGAUCAGGGAUAGUAUGAGAAUAGUAGAUCCGCAAGGCAUAUUAAUGGGUGCCUUACGGUUGACAACAGUUAACCGAAGAACAUAUUUUGUUCAGGCACCAUUAUCCAUGUGUCAUAUUGACGGCAAUCACAAAUUAAUAAGGUAA